GGCACGGUUCCUCGAAAAAUAAUUUGCCAAAGGCUGUUGUUUUGAGCGAGGAUGCCACCAAAAUAAACGGACAAAUUGAGUAUGACCAUGCAAAAGCGCGAAUAUGUGGCCUCGUAGCUCCGUUCAAUGCUAACGGAAUGCCAGAGAGCAAUAUUUUCAGAACAACCAACCCAGUACAAGUCCUAAACAAUAUAAACAACUAUCCGGUGGGCCGUAACGUCUACGUUUGCAUGGCGCAGCCAUUGGAAGCAGGGUCACCGUCGUUCUGUUUGCAGUAUUUUUGCAGCGAUAACAAAUUUACUGCAAAGCAAGUAACCACAAGAUGGAAGCAUUACAGAGAGGUUAUGGACAAAGAAGGAAUUAUAAUUGUCGGACAUGCCAGUGACGGAGAUCCUCGACCAAUCGGAUCCAUGCUUGAUGGUAUGGAGAUGCCGAGCAGUUCUAAUUCAACAUAUGGAGAUGACUAUUGCGCAACGGCGCUCCCCGAACGCGUUUACAUGCAGGAUUACACCCACGGCGUAAAUAAGCUGAAAGUGAAAAUCUUAAAGAAAGAUGUUGAGUUGCUUUUAGGAAAAUUUAAAAUAUCACGACUCCAUCUUGAGACACUCCUUGCAAAUGUUCAUAAGAGUGUGCACGGACUUUCUCCAGCGGACCUGAAUGACGGGGACAAGAUGAAGUUCCAGCCUGCUCUGCGUAUGUCGAAACAAUGCGUUAUCGAUGCGCUGAGAGCACACGUCCCCGAAAGCAACGCAACAGCCUUGUAUCUCACUAUGAUGAAGGAUAUUGUGGACACAUUUAUUACCAGAACAGAACUCUGUCCAGUCCAAAACGUGUUCAAAAUUUGGCACGUACUAUUCAUCUUGCGGGCUUGGCGGAACAUGUGCAUGAGAAAAUACAACGGUAUAAAAAUACCAUCACGACAAAUACAUACUGGAGCGUUGAGCUGA